CGCCAUUUGCCAUGCUUGAGUGCUUCAAUUCUUUAUAGAGAGAGAGAGAUGUAUUAAGUGGUAUUCCAACGUCGAAAGCAGAGACACAAAGGUUGUUCUGUUUUUUCUCUUCUCUAACUUUGUCUACAUAUAUAAAACGAAGUACAUGUGAUUCUGCUGCAUCACCACCUCCUCUCUCUCUCUCUCUCUCUCUCUCUCUCUCUCUCUCUCAUCAUGUAAGAAACUGGAAAACCUACAACAAGCUCAGCUACCUUGCGCCGCUGCCUCCGAUAAUAUUAUUCCACCAACUUCUUCUCUUCUCUACUUUCAAAUUCCAAUUAUAUUAAGGGUAAGAUGUUUUCAUGAUGAUCCAGGAAGAGCGAGAAGUUGGUUUAAUGGCUAGAGUUUGUUGGCCAUAUUUUGAUCCUGAGUAUGAGAACUUCAGCAACAGAAUGAAUCCUCCAAGGGUCUCUGUGGACAACACUAGUUGCCAUGAUUGUACUCUUAUCAAGGUUGAUAGUGUUAACAAACCUGGAAUUCUGCUGGAAGUGGUGCAAAUCUUGACAGAUCUUGACUUCAUAAUUACCAAAGCCUACAUAUCUUCUGAUGGAGGAUGGUUUAUGGAUGUAUUUCAUGUGACGGAUCAACAAGGAAAGAAGAUAACAGAUAGCAAAACCAUUGACUUUGUGGAAAAGGCUCUAGGACCAAAGGGCCAGAGCACAGAAGGGGUGAAGAAUUGGCCAAGCAAGCGUGUUGGAGUGCAUUCUGUUGGUGAUCAUACAUCGAUUGAGCUUAUUGGCAGAGACCGGCCAGGUCUCUUGUCCGAGAUCUCUGCUGUCCUUGCUAGCCUCCAUUUCAAUGUGGUUGCAGCUGAGGUUUGGACUCAUAAUAGAAGAAUAGCUUGUGUCCUUUAUGUCAGUGACACUACAACCCAGCCUGUGGAUCAUCCAAAUAGAUUAUGCCUUAUGGAGGAGCAGCUUAACAACAUUUUGCGCGGCUGCGAGGAGGGUGACAAAGUUGCUAGGACUAACUUCUCCAUGGGGUUCACCCAUAUGGAUAGAAGGCUGCACCAAAUGUUGUUCGCUGAUCGCGAUUAUGAAGGGUCUGGAGCAACAACAGAUGCUGAUUAUUCAUCUUCCUCAAGGCCAAAGAUCACAAUCGAACGCUGCGAGGAAAAAGGAUACUCGGUGGUUAGUGUCCGGUGCAAAGAUCGGGCAAAACUCAUGUUUGACAUUGUUUGCACUCUUACUGAUAUGCAAUAUGUUGUUUUCCAUGCCACAAUCUCUUCAGAUGCUCCUUAUGCAUCCCAGGAGUAUUUUAUUCGGCAUAUGGAUGGAUGCACACUUGAUACUGAAGGAGAAAAAGAAAGAGUCAUCAAAUGCAUUGAAGCUGCUAUUCAGAGAAGAGUGAGUGAGCUAUCUACUUGUGAUGCUGCAAAUUGUACGACAGAUACAUGGGGUUAAGUUCCACUCAGAUUGUAUCUGACCAUCAUAUCCACUAGUGAAAGUGAUGAUGGUCUUUUGCCUUCAAUAGAGCUUAAGAAUCUAUGUUCUCCAUGUAAUAUCAUCCAUAUCCCUACAUCUUAAAAUAGAAAAGAAAAAAAAAGGAAUUUAGAUGAUGAAAAAAAUACCCUUUUUUUUUCUCAGGUUAUGACAAACUUGAUUAUCAAGCAUACUAUGUCAUUUUCUUUAUGUGUUUCAUUUCAUUUUCUUCUUUACAUAAUGUUACUUGGUUAUCAAGAAACAUGGCUGAUAUUAGUCUCUUUUGGUUUUUACCAUUGAUUCUUUGGAUUUGUGGACAUAGGGUGUGAGCCUUGAACUUUGUGCAAAGGAUAGAGUGGGAUUGCUGUCUGAAGUAACAAGGAUUCUAAGAGAGAAUGGAUUAACAGUUUGUAGGGCAGGUAUAUCAACAAGAGGGGAGCAAGCACUGAAUGUGUUCUAUGUGAGGGACGCAUCUGGCAACCCGGUGGACAUGAAGACGAUGGAAGCGCUUCGCAAAGAGAUAGGGAAGACAAUGGUGGUGGAAGUGAAAAGGGUACCUGGAAAU